UAUCAACUAAUCACUUAAAAUUUCAAUUCUUUGAAAUUAUGAGCACAGCAUUACAGCGUUUUGCCCGCUCCGAAGUUGAAGCACAUGUAGACGAAAAAUCCCUAUGGAUUAUUUUGGACAAUAAAGUUUAUGACGUCACGAAGUUUCUGCUUGAACAUCCUGGAGGUGAGGAGGUGCUCAUACAGUGGGCAGGUCAGGAUGCUACCGAAAGUUUUAAUGAUGUUGGCCAUUCAGCCGAUGCUCGAGCAAUGACAAAUGAUUAUUUGAUAGGGGAAUUAAGUGACAAUGAUAGUGCAACGACAACUAUACCACUACCGCCGGAAAGCGCGCCAGAAGCAGAAUCCUGGAAGCAAAUUAUGACUAGCUCGACUUGGACAAAUUUUCUGAUUCCUGUUGCAUUGUCAGUUGGUGUUUUUAUGAUUUACAAGUUUAGUAAUGCAGCUUAUAGACGUAUGUUUCUCUGA